AUGGAGAAGGGGCAGGACAUAGCGGCAUCCGGCGGUGAGAAAGGCUCGGAGCAGCACGCCAUUGAUGUAGUUCCCGUGGAGGUGGAGCAUGGCGACGGCAAGGGCGUCGUCCACGCCGGAGCCGGAGAUGACACCGAGAAGGAGAGACUGGUCGUUGUUGAGGAGCCACAGAAGAAGAAGAGCACGAGGGUGGCAGCUCUUGAUGCCUUCAGAGGGCUCACCAUUGUGCUGAUGGUACUGGUGGACGAUGCCGGCGGGGCUUACGAGCGGAUGGACCACUCGCCGUGGAACGGUUGUACUCUGGCAGACUUUGUCAUGCCCUUCUUCCUCUUCAUCGUCGGUGUCGCGAUCGCCUUUGCCAUGAAGAGGGUUCCAAACAUGGGUGCCGCUGUGAAGAAGGUCAGCGUCAGAACACUGAAAAUGCUCUUCUGGGGCCUGCUACUGCAAGGUGGAUACUCUCACGCUCCGGAUGACCUUGCUUAUGGAGUGGACAUGAAGGUGAUAAGAUGGUGUGGCAUCCUCCAGAGGAUAGCUUUGGUGUACUUCGUGGUUGCCCUCAUAGAGGUGUUCACCAUAAAGGUGCGGCCUGUCACCGUCCGUUCCGGUCCUUACGCCAUCUUCCAUGCCUACCAGUGGCAAUGGUACAACAAUGUUUCCCUGAUACUUGUCUUGCUGCACUAUUGGAGCUAUGUGUACCAUUUGGAUGGCGAUGUCAAUGAUGGGAAGCGGUUUACGUACAAGUACUUGUGUUUUCAGGUACAAUGUGGUGUAAGGGGUCACCUGGACCCGGCUUGCAAUGCAGUGGGUCAUGUUGAUAGGGUGGUCUGGGGGAUUAAUCAUCUCUACUCGCAGCCCGUUUGGAUCCGGACUAAGGAUUGUACAUUUAGCUCACCAGAAUCAGGUCCUCUCCGUGCCGAUGCUCCAUCAUGGUGUCUUGCGCCAUUCGACCCAGAAGGAUUGUUAAGUUCAAUAUCGUCGAUCCUAUCAGGAACAAUUGGAAUCCACUAUGGCCAUGUUCUAAUCCAUUUCAAGACCCAUAAGGAGAGACUGAAACACUGGCUUUCGAUGGGCUUUUCACUCCUCUUGCUCGGCAUUCUCCUUCACUUCACAAAAGCUAUUCCAAUCAAUAAGCAACUCUACAGUAUCAGUUACGUUUGCUUCACUGCCGGCGCGGCUGGAAUAGUUCUUUCAGCUUUCUACAUGCUGAUUGAUGUCUGGGGCCUGAGAGUACCAUUCUUGUUCCUCGAGUGGAUCGGCAUGAACGCCAUGCUUGUGUACGUCCUAGCGGCACAGGGCAUAUUUGCAGCAUUCGUGAACGGAUGGUACUAUGAGUCACAAGAUAAAACCCUUGUUAACUGGAUCCAAAAGCAUGUGUUUGUCAACGUCUGGCAUUCAGAAAGGCUGGGAACUCUGCUGUAUGUCAUAUUUGGAGAGAUCCUCUUCUGGGGUGUUGUCUCUGGCAUCUUGCACAAGCUGGGGAUUUACUGGAAACUAUGAGAGUUCUGGAUGAUAGCUGUGUACAAUGAUCUGUUACAGUAAAUUAUGUCAUUCAUUUCCAUCCAACAUUAUUUUGUAUGAUUGAUGUAAAAAAUGUGAUAAACGUCUUCUUCUAUUGUCAAAUUUGUUACUUCAAUAUAUAUUUUUGUUGAUAAAAGUACUAAAAUUUUCAAGUUCAGAACUUCGAGACUAGGGAUACUCCUAUUAUAACAAAGCACCCGAACCGUUUAAUGGCAGGAUGGUCAGCCUGUUGGAACUAGAGGUUGACCGAUGGCAUUAGGUAAAUAGUAUAAGCUACGGUA